AAAGGAAAACGAAAAUAGGAAGUGCAGCUUAGAGGGAACCCUUCACCGUCGCCGUUUUUUCCUCCACCACCUGUAAUCCGAACCGCCUCCGCUUCUAACUCCCUGUCCGAAACCCUAACCACUGAUAUAGAGGAUAAAUGAAGAGCGAAGCCGCGUAAAUCGCGAGGGAAAUUGAAGCAAAUAGAGAGGAGAAUUGAGGUGAAGACAGCUGAGCAAGCGAAGACGUUUGUGCGAAGGAGAGAGAAGGAAGGGUGUAGGGAUUUCUAAUUAUCCCAUUCGUGUCCGCGGCUUCAAAAUUUCUUGUCCGAUAGAAGCGUUGCAUUCCAAGCAACGUGAAACAUUCCGAGGGCAUCAAGAAAGGGGUAGGGUUUUGAGGUUUGGGUUAAAGCUCCUCGCUUCGUACAAAGGGGAGGUUGAUCGCAUCUCCUGAGCAUUUGCGGUUCUCUUCCUUGCGUCGGCUUUGCCGACGACUGUUCAAUCUAGGGUUUCACGAAUACCGCUACUUUUGGCUUUCGGCUCCUGUUUUUGUUCAUUACGUGGUUUGGGAUAUUUUCAUGGGUCUGAUGUGGAACGAGAUCGCUGGUUCUUAGGGUUCUUUGUUUCUUCACCGUUGUUUUGGAUUCACCAUGGGUUUGCAGAUGGGGUUUUAAUUAGGGCAGCCCGUGGCUUUUCAGGUAUGGAUUGCCUGUGAUGAAUGUGUAGAGAUUGAGGUAUUAUCUUUUUAAUUCUGGAAGCUGGAAAGAUCCCUUUAGUUUUGUAGCAUCCGUUCAUCAAAACCAUUUGGGUUGUCAGAGGUGCUGGUAUACUUCUGUACAAAGGAGUGUGGAGAAGAAGAGAUAUUGGAUUAAGUUUUUGUUUAUAUGAUAGGGGGAACAACCCAUACUCGCUAGCUACAUUUUUUUUAAGCUUAUAUGAUGAGCCUUCUCUGCAAUGGAACGGAGUGAGCCUACGUUUGUUCCAGAGUGGUAUAAAGUCUCAAACAGCAGUGCGGCAGGCAAUGGCAAUUCAAACCACCAAAGUGGGUUCUCCUUGCAGUCAGAUGAACACAACAAUGGCUUCUCAUCAAGAAGCAGAUUGACAGUGAGUAAUCUUGAUUAUGAUGCUCCUCGCUCAUUGUCUUUCUCGGGGAGAACCUCUUCUUCUUCCCGAAGAAAUUCUACCAGUAAUGGUUACAUUGGACACGAGAAAGAUAUUUCUUCUCGUGCUUACAAUAGUUUUGGAAGAAGCCAUCGUGACAGGGAUAGGGAUAGGGAUCGGGAGAAGGAUCUUGAAAUCCAUGAAAGAGACAAGUCUCUUUUACUGGACAAUGGAUUUGGCGACUAUCCCGAUUUAUUAAUGUAUAGCAAAUCUGAAAAAGAUUCCAUAAGGCGUUCUCAAUCAAUGUUAUCAGGAAGAAAGGCUGAUUCUUGGCUGAAGAGAGCUGGCCAUGAUUCAAGCAAUGGUGUUCAGUCUAUGGGGGACAGGGGAAGAAUUAUUGGCAUCACUAAAUCCUCAUUUGAGAGAGAGUUCCCUUCCCUUGGAGCUGAAGAAAAGCAUGCAGGUUCAGAUGUAAUCAGAGUGUCUUCUCCUGGCCUGAGUACUGCCAUUGAUAAUCUUCCUGUGACUUCUUCAACUAUCAUUGGAGCUGACGGCUGGACAUCUGUACUGGCAGAGGUUCCUAUUGUAGGGAGUAAUCUACAGACUAGUUCUGUGCUGCCACCUACUGCAUCAACUACUUCCACUAGCUUAAAUAUGGCCGAAACAAUUGCUCAGACUCCUGCACGGGCUCGCAUGACGCCCCAAUUACCCAGUGACUCCCAAAAGAUUGAGGAAUUGCAUCGUCUACAAAUUUUGAAGCUCAGACCAGUGACACCAUCCAUGUCAAAAAACUCGGGUGUGAACUUGGCUGAAAAAUCAAAAACAAAAGGUGCAAAGAUGGUUGAAUACAGUACAGCUAAGGUGGGGCAGCAAUUGCCGUCCCAGCUUGUUAAUCAUUCAUUCCGUUCUAAUAUUAAGCCUGAUGUUACUAAGACAUCCCAACUUGGGAAUUUUCACAUUUUGAAUCGGGAAAAGAAUGGAGUUUCUCCUAUUGACAAGGAUAACUUGCAUCCGAGAAAUGGCACCAGAGUUGCCGCCUCACCCAGCGGUAUUCCUCUAGCUGCAAUUCCAUAUCUUAAUGGUAAAGUCUACCCGAAGCUUAACGGGAAGGCCAGUGCUCUGACUUCAAGCUCAUUUGGAGAAAAGAAGCUCCCUUCUCAGGCUCAGAACCGGAAUGACUUCUUCAAUUCUCUCCGAAAGAAAUCAUCUUCUGCUUCUUGCCAAGAAAAUAUCAAUCGGGAUCCAAUGUACAAGGAGAAGUUGGAUGAGGAGCCUUCUGUGGCUGUGGAUGCAGUUUCUGAUAAAGGGAAAGAUGCUUCUUCGUUGAUGCCCACUUUACAGUGUUCAGAGGCGAAUGGCAACUGUUCUGGAAAUCUUAAAGUGAUUGAAGAGCCUGAGAGGUUAGUUCCGGAUGAAGAGGAAGUAGCCUUUCUUCGAUCCCUUGGAUGGGAGGAGAAUGCCAGGGAAGAUGCUUUGACACCUGAAGAGAUUGAGUCUUUCCUUACAGAGUAUGAAAAGAAGAUGCCCGUUUCAAAGCUGAAGAUAGCUAGCUCUUCGGCCAACUUGAGUUCAUCAUCUGAAACAAAAGCGGAAGCUUCAUUUUGCUGAAACACUAUACAGCUUUUAUGGUUUAGAAGUUCUCUUAGUUUUGUGGCUUGACGAAUUUUUUCCUGGUAAACAUGGAGGGAUUGGAAGGAAGAGUCUUGAGUGGAGUACUGGUAAGCUUACUUGUCCUAAACAGUGAGGGAGCUAGUUUUUUCCCCCUCUUUCUUGAGAAUCGAAUGUGAAAAGUGCAAAAUAAGAUGCAGUGCUUUCUGUCCGUUUACCUCCCUUUGUUAGCUUGCCAAAUACAGGGUGCUUUCUCACUGUUUUUGAUUUUUCUGAUAUUUUUUUAUGGCUUUGUUGGGAGUAACAUGAAAGGUAGAUAUUAGGUAUAUUAUCAGGAAAUUGCAUUGCCACAAGUCAUUUUUUUUAACAAGUCCUGUUGUUUUCAUCUUAUUUUUUUAAGUUAUAUCUUUGUUAGCUUGUA